UCGGACUCUCCUCUCGCUCAUUGGCUAACGGGAGACGGGGAGGAAAGGCGAAGGGGCAGAAUCUUAUCUACGACGGCUGCGGGUUGGCCUCACGUCACACUAGCUUCCGAAUUCCCCAAUACUAAGGCAGUCCUCGCCUUAGUGCCCGCCCCUCCAGUGACGUCAGCAGUGCGCCGGGACGUCCUUUCGUCCGCCGUGUCCAUGGACAACCUGAGAGGACGGGGCUGAGCGAGAGAGGAGGGGAGCAGACGAAGAAAUGGCUUCUUCGAUGGUCAGAGCCACCGUCCGGGCCGUGAGCAAAAGAAAAAUCCAAGCCACGCGAGCCGCCCUGACGCUGGUGAAACGUGAACCAGAAGAGGGGCUACAGGAACGCUGGGAAGCUCAAUGGCAGGAGUUCCUGAGGACGCUGCAGGGCCCUCAUUCAGAAUGGGAGCAUGUCCACAUGUUUGAGGAACCCACACCGCCAUGGGAUGACACUAAAGGUUUUCUGGCCUCCUUCGAGCAAGUUGCAUCCGCCUGCCGGUGGCCUCAGGACAAAUGGGUUCCCCUUCUUCUGCCGGCCCUCAGCGGAGAGGCUGAAGAGGCCUUCAGCAGCCUCAGUGCCCAAGACAAGGGAGACUACAGGAAAGUGAAGGCAGCAAUCUUGCAAGGGGAGUCCAAUGCCAGGGAGAGGCAGCGCCAGCACUUCAGGCAAUUCCGCUACCAAGAAACAGAGGGGCCUAGAGGUGUCUAUAGCCAGCUCCGGGAGCUUUGCAACCAGUGGCUAAAAGUGGAGCAGCACACUAAGGAGCAGAUUCUAGAGGUGUUGAUCCUAGAACAGUUCCUGACUGUCCUGCCUCAGGAGAUGCAGAUAUGGGUCAGGGAACAUGGCCCAGAGACCUGUGCCCAGGCUGUCCUUCUAGCUGAGGAUUUCCUAGUUAAACAGAAGGAAGCCAUGGGGCUCAUGGAGCAGCUCCCAAUGUCGCAGGCUUUGGGGCUGGUGGCAGAUGUGGAGCCCUCUGAGACAGGCCAUGUUCAGUCCCCAGAUGCCUGGAAAAGGAACCUCUGCAAGGAGGAGCAAGUUGGUGAAGGGAGCUCACUGGGAGUGAGGCAGAUCCUUGAGAACAAGGAAAACAGUCUUCAUCCGGAGAAUCCAGAUCAAAUUGAAUCAAGGGACACAUUGAGAACAAGCAAUGUUUUGCAGAGCUAUGAGGGAAGAAUAAGGUGUGGGAGUCAUCAGGGAUCAGAGAAUGAGCAUGUAGCUAACCUUGAGAAAAGGAUGGAGAGACCCCUACCCAGCAUGAAAUGGAGAUUUGAUCAGAGGGGACCCAUAGAAUACCAAAAGAUUCACCUCUCGGGAAGCCAUUUCGGUUGGCGCUCAGGCCUCGGAGUACGUGGGAGAUUUAAUACAGGAAAGAAAGCAUAUGAAUGCACCGAAUGUGGGAAAGUUUUUGAUCAUAAAGGGAAUUUUAAGAAUCAUGAAAGGGUUCACACUGGAGAGAAGCCAUACAAGUGUUCCCAAUGUGGGAAAAGCUACAUUCAGAAGGGAAACCUUAUGAUACACGAGAGAACCCACACUGGAGAAAGACCAUUUAUGUGCAGGGAAUGUGGAAAAACAUUUAGUCAAAAAGGAAAUCUUGCCAAACAUGAAAAAAUGCACAUUAAAGAACCUGAAUAAAUGUUAUAUUUCUGGAAUAAUUGUGAUGCAUAAGCUGUUACUGACUUAUAGCACUGAAAUAAUGCAAAACUGGUAGUAGCCUGGUCUCUAUGCAUUUUGGUAUCUGCAAUUAUAUAGAAGUACAAAAUAAUAACAGUUAUGGUUGUGUUGAAAUUAUGUUGUAUAGCAAUAUGCCUUAUAUAUAAAACCAAUGAGGUCAGCUAUUUUCCCUAAAAAGGGCCUUAAAAUAUUUCAAAUACAAAUACUCGUUCACUCAAAAGUACAAAGAAUGGGGAAUAGGGCCAACACAAAUUCAUCUGUCUCUUUGUCUUGCUAUCCCUUUUUUCUCUCUUUUUCGUCCUCUCUAUGCAUAUACUGAUUUAAUAUGUGGACAGAACUUGAAUUGGGAGUUAGAGCUCUCUGAAAAAUAUAGUCAAUCACCACUUUAUAGAAAUAAGAUUUGACUGAUAUUGUUCAUUAAGUUACUCAUUGAUGAACUGCAAAAAUGUGGGGUGUUAAUUUGUUGUGGGAAAAUACAACAACAGAAAGCUUUCUCUCACACAUAUUCUUGAGUGUGUUUUUAAAUUCUGCUCAGUACAGGGUUAAUAAUAAUAAUAAUUUAAAAAUAUUCUUCUAUCCCACCACCAUCUCCCCAAAGGGACUUGGGGCCACUUACACCCGGCACAAAGUUCCUAAAAACAUAAAACAAAAAGUACAUCUAAAAUAAAACACAAACUGAAUGAAACAAAUAGCAUAUAAAACCAUGGAACAAUGGUGUAGUUCAGGGGUCCCCAAACUUUUUAAACCGGGGGCCAGUUCACGGCCCUUCAGACUGUUGGAGGGCCGGACUAUAGUUGAAAAAAACUCAAUAAACAAAUUCCUAUGCACACUGCACAUCUUUUAUUUUGAAGUAAAAAAAACCAAACGGGAAGAAAUACAGCCUCAAUGUUAAUCAUAAUCAUAAUAAAAAUAAUAAAGAGGGUUGGAAGAGACACCUUGGACCAUCUUGUCCAACCCUCUUCUACCUUUGUGCACCAAAAGCACAAGCAAAGCACCCCUGACAGAUGGCCACCCAGCCUCAAUGUUGUUAAUCAUCAUCAUCAUACAUCACACAGUCCUAAAUGCCAGGGAAGUGUUCAACUUGUGAUUUUGUGAUACGAAAUCCAGCAGAGAGAGAGAUCUCGUUUGCUGUGUUAUGCUGUGUCUUUGUGCCAAUAAUAAUAAUAAUAAUAAUAAUAAUAAUAAUAAUAAUAAUGAGAAUUGGAAAAGGGCCAUUUAGUCCAACCCCCUUUUGCCUUUGUGCACCAAAAGCACUGGCAAAGCACCCAUUAGUAAAUUAUUAAUUAAAUAAUAAUUAAAAUUCCAUUAUAAACAAGCAAAUCUUUAGAAGGCACACAACAGGUGAGAGAGGAGGCGGGAAAGGCGGAGGAGGGAGCCGCCAUCACGGGGCCCGGAUAAAUGGCUUCAAUGGGCCGCAUGUGGCCCCCGGGCCUUAGUUUGGGGACCCCUGGUGUAGUUCAUGCAUUGACACAUGACAACAUGAGGAGUAUAGCUGCACCAUUCUCUCUUCAUUAGAUUUAAUAUUACUUGCAGAUAGAAGAACAUGGCUCCACAACCAUGAAUGUUACAGAGGGGGAGUUCAUGAUGCUAAUGAAAGUGCAGUUGUUUGGGGGUUUGGUUUUUUUGGGGACAACUUUUAAAACACGUGCACAAUCUUCCUCCACCACUUCAUCCUCACUUCUCUCAAAGUCUUUAAGGAAGCAUCUGUUUAUUAGGAAGGGGUUUUUAAUGCUGUGCUGUACUGGCUUUAUUUCUUGUAUUUUUAAUUAAUAGAGGUUACAUUGUUUUUAAUUCUAUGCAGGGUUUAUUCAACAGUGUAUGUUUUAUAUGUUUUUUUCUGUAUCUGUUAUAAUUUUUGUAAAUGGCCUUGAGUUCCAGUUCUGGAGAAAUGUGGCAUAUAAAUAAAACAGUAAAAUGAU